GGUCAACUGGGUAGUGCUUUUUUCAAAACGCUUACAUUUUCUGACUUGUUUUCGCAUCAUAAUGCCACCUGAUCCAUCCGAGUUAGUUCAUGGUAAAUCAGUCGAUAUAGAAAAGCCUCGAUAUGAUCAGUCCACGUACAUUGGCAGAGCCAAACACUUUUUUAUUACAACUAAUCCUUUGAACGCAUUGAAAACAUCUACUGAAUUAGAAGAAGCAAGGACCAUCGUUCAUAAUUAUAGGAUAGGGAUUAUUCAACCUGGCUUAACUGUAGAAAAGCUUUGGCAAGCAAAAAAUGUGUACGACUCAGCGUUUCAUCCAGACACAGGAGAAAAAAUGAUACUCAUUGGACGCAUGUCAUUUCAAGUUCCUGGGAAUAUGUUUAUAACGGGUUGUUUGCUACAGUUUUACAAGUCUACACCGGCUGUCAUAUUCUGGCAAUGGUUUAACCAAACAUUCAAUGCCGUUGUAAAUUAUACUAAUCGUAGUGGUGACGCACCUAUUUCAUUAACACGUCUUGGGAUAUCAUAUGUUUUGGCUACUGGUGGGGCAUUAGGCACUGCAUUAACUAUCAAUAAACAAGUCCAAAAAUUCCCUCCUAUAAUUGGUCGAUUUGUACCAUUUAUUGCAGUCUCUGCAGCUAAUUGUAUUAAUAUUCCAUGUAUGAGAAGUGCAGAACUAACUGAAGGUACACCUAUAUUGGAUGAAAAUGGUGAGAAAUUGGGUAAAUCAACUGUUGUAGGACGUAGAGCUGUUAGUCAAGUGGUUUUAUCACGAAUAUUAAUGGCUUCCCCUGGAAUGACAAUUUUGCCUUUUGUGAUGCAAUCAUUGGAAAAACAAAAAUUGCUUAUUCGUUAUCCUUGGUUGGGAGCUCCAAUACAAAUUAGCUUAGUCGGUUUAGUGUUAUCUCUUGUAACACCUUUAUGCUGUGCUGUAUUCCCACAAAUCAGUUCAAUUCCAUUUCAUAAACUUGAACCUGAUGUUCAAGCACAUAUUAAAGAAAUUCGAUCUGGUCGAUUACCUUCAGUUGUUUAUUAUAAUAAAGGUUUAUAGUUCGUUUUAAAUGAAUAAAAACAAAAUAAAUGAAUGUUCGAAUUAAAUUCCAUAUCUGUAAGAAGAAAAUUAAUUUUCUAUGAAUGUAUCCCAUUUAUUCACAAUUGCAUUUUAGUUACCAUUCUAAUAUUAUUUUUGUCAAAUGAUUUGUUAGAUUUGAAAUAGUCAAUUUGGAUGCAAUGUAUUUAAUAUACUUUUCUGGUGUAGAACAAUUGAUUUCAUUCAUUUAAACAAUAUUUCUAGUUCUCUAACUAUUUAGUAAGUGUUCGAAGUAAUUGAAUAUACUGAGGAGUUGUUUUAUUCUUCUAAA